AUGAGCCCCAGCGCAGUAGCCGAUGGGGCCGGGGCGGCCAAACGAGGCUGGCAGAAGAGCCCGGAGCAGAGCGGGCGGUGCCGGAGCUCCGGUGAGGCGGAGGCCGCCGCAGUCCCCGCCCGUCCGCCCGCUCGCCGGGAGGGGCCGAGCGCCGCCGCAGCAGAGCCGGGGCCGUGGGCACGGGGAACCGCCCGAGAACAGCCAGGCUAAAAAUAACCCUUCGCCUCAUGCUGUGUGGGAAAAUAAAGGAGACUGGAGAGGGAGUGCUCCUGGAUCAGAGCAGUUAAAGACCUGCUUGCUUUAAAAGCAUAGAUAGAAUCUUAUGUGCCUGAGGGGGCAGAGGGAAAGGAUAUAACCAGUGCCACUGUCUGGGAAAUCCCAUGGGAAAUAAGGCAUGUUCCCUUCACAGUGGCAGAGACCGAACAGCGUGAUGAGCUACUGAAGAGGCAGUCCUGCCUGCCCCACCGUACCUUCAUGUGCAGCCUGGGAGCUGCAGUUUAGCCAGCAUGUGCCAUCAGGAUGGCUGGGUCAGGAGUCAUGGGAGUGUUUCAACUGGGAGUCUGUGGCUUCGGAACAAACCAGGCACAUAGCUUGGGAGAAGACACUCUGAUGCUUCCCACCUUCUUUCAGCCAUCCACAGCUGUCUGGGAAAGGGCGCUCCAAGAGUGGUGAUGGGGAAUGCCAAUAACUCCCUGAUGGCCCUGCCUGUUCCUCUGUGCAGGAUGGUUCCCCCGCCACCUGUCAGCAAGCCCCACAUCUGCCUCUCCACAGUGCUCAUCAUGACCAGCCUUGUCCUCAUGGAUGCCUACCUGGUGGAGCAGAGCCAGGGCUCCAGGAAGCUGAGCAUCUGUGUCAUGGUGGCAGUGGGUGAUGUGUGCUUCCUGCUGGUGCUCCGCUACGUGGCCAUCUGGGUUGGGGCAGAGGUAAAGACAGCUAAGAGAGGCUAUGCCAUGAUCCUCUGGUUCCUGUAUGUCUUCGUUCUGGAGAUCAAAGUCUACUUUGUGUACCAGAACUAUAAAGCUGACCGGAAAAGCCUGGAUCUCAUAGCCCGCAAAGCACUGACCUUACUGCUCUCCAUCUGCAUCCCAGCCCUCUACAUGUUGUUGGUUGCCACGGAGCACAUGGAGUACGUCAGGACAUUCAAGAAGAAGGAAGAUCUCCGCAACCGCCUCUUCUGGGUCAUUGUGGACAUGCUGGAUGUGCUGGACAUCCAGGCUAACCUGUGGGAGCCCCAGAAGAAGGGGCUGCCCCUCUGGGCUGAAGGCAUCAUGUUCUUCUACUGCUACAUCUUGCUCCUGGUCCUUCCUUGCGUGUCCCUCUGCGAAAUCAGCAUGCAAGGGAUUGGCAUCAUGCCUCACCGGAUGAUGCUGUACCCCAUGCUGAGCAUGCUCACUGUCAACAUCACCACCAUCUUCAUCCGAGGCAGCAACAUGCUUUUCUUCAGGGAUGCCCGUGUCUCCAGCAUCUUCAUGGGCAAGAACUUGCUGGCCAUCGCUCUGAAGGUCUGCACGUUCGUGCAGUACCAGCGGCACCAGCACCACGUGCCCCCAGGGCUGGAGCAGGCCCCACAGCACAGCUCCCAGGCCCAGCCCUCCCCAGGGCUGCACAAGGGACGGGACCAGCCUGCCUGCCCCGAAGAGCUGGCCCAGGACAACACGUGACGAGCCAGCAGGGACCACAGCCUGGACACUGCCAUACCUGCAGGCCUGAGGUGGGCCACUGAGCUUCCUCCUGGACAGAGGGCAGUGGCCCCACUCCCUCCCUCCCUGGGCAAAGGUCCUCAGGGGUCGCAUGGCGAGAGGCCCCCACAGCAGCUCAGGACCUCAGCACCCCACUAAGCAAAUGGGGCAGUGGAAUGGAGGAGGAUGAGGCCCAGUUUGUCUGCUCCCCAUGCCCUCUGGCCAAACAGCCUCAGACUGGGGGCUGCACAGGGCACUGCUGUUGUGGUCCCUAGCUCAGUGCUUGGUGACAGCCUGCUCCCUAUGCUGGGGAGCAUGGCCUGGGCCUCUCCCUGCCCAUCACUCCCCUCACUCCUGGGGGCCCUGAGGGAGGACUGUCCUUUUUUGUAUCUCCCUCUUUGCAAUAAAAG